CUUCUCGUUUCGCGUCAAAAUUUCAAAUCCAGUCGAAAUCUCGGUCAAAGUUGACUCACAUAAUAUAAUAGCGCAGGAUUUUUUUUUUCUACAUUAACAUACACACACGCACACAUGGGAGUAGAGAUGGGACAACAAGUUUUAUACUGCGGUGUUUGCACAAUGCCACCAGAGUACUGUGAAUUCAGUGGUACUCAGAACAAAUGUAAAGAAUGGCUCCAGGAUAAUCACGAAGACGUGUACAACAAGAUGUAUGGUGGCGACGAUGUUGAUGCCGUGACGGAAAAGGUUGCUCAAGUAACGGUCGAAGGCACUGGUGCUGAGGCAGCUGGCGGCGAGGGUCGAUCUGGCAGAACAUUUGUCAAGGACAAGUCAGCCAAGUUGGAAGCCAAAUUGGAGCGCGAAAACCAAAAGAAGCAGUCAUCGCGAGUGACGGUCAAGCGGGUUGAGAGAACAAAGAGGAAAUGCGUCACGAUCGUGCAUGGAUUGGAAGUUUUCGACGUGGAGCUGAAAAAGGCAGCCAAGAUGUUUGCCAACCGAUUCGCCUGUGGAUCGUCCGUGGCCAAAAAUAACCAGAACCAAGACGAAAUUGUUGUACAGGGCGACUUCUCGGAUGACAUCCACGAUCUGAUCCUGGCACAGUGGAAGCAAGUGCCCGAGGACAACAUUGAUCUUGUCGAGGAAACGAAGAAGAAGAAGGGCAACUAAAGAAAAGAACGAGAGAGUUUAAAUAUGGGAAUAAAGCAACAUAUACUGUAUAUACACACCACCUUUUGGGCAGCACCGUGGAGCAUGCCAGUAAUGUGUACUCGUGCAAUCAAUUUGUCGUAGAUCAUAGAAAUAUGGCAAGUCGAACUCAAUAUGUCUCGUGUAACCGUGUUAAUGUCCAAACA